UUCAAACUUUUCCCAGAUUUUUCGAAUUUCUUCAAGUUAUUCUUCAAACUGUUCUCGAAUUUCUUGAAUAUCUUCAAUCUGUUCAUGAAUGCUAGCCUAGAACUUUGAAUUUGUUUAUGAAUCUAGUCUCCAUUCUUUACAAGUUUCGGCUUUUACUUUAUUAUUAUCAUGGAUGUCGCGACUACUAACUCAGACACCAACCCUACUAACUUGCCGGAAACUCCUUUGAUAGUACGUAGGCGUCUUAAUAAAAAGGGUUUACCAAUGGAUGACUCGGAUGAAAGUAGUUCAGUGAGAAUUACCCCCCAUUAUGAACCAAUAAAAGCUGGGGAUGAGUCGUCCGUAUCUCCUAUAUACCCUCCGGAGAUUAUGAAAACUGCUCCUUGGGAAGUGAGCAUUGCUUUCUUUCCAAAUUACUUGCCGCGAAUAAAUCCUGACCUAGAAGGGUUAUUGUAUGUAGAUAUGGAAAACCUUGAAGGAUCAGCCGAGUCUUCAGGAAGAGAGAGUGCGGCGCCAGCUCCUCCUCCAUUCUACAUUCCAGACGGCGGGCCUCUAAAUUACUUUAUUGACGUACAGACUAAGAGAGAUCUAGACAACCGUCGGGAGGCCAUCUCUCAAAAAUGGGGUUUAAAAGAUAACAUAAAUAUUAUUACCCCGGGGAAUUAUGACACCGUUAGGUUUCCCCCUCCACAUUGUAUAGCCGUAUACUUCCCUUCUUUUGAAUUAGGGCUUAGAUUUCCUCUUCACCCGUUUUUUAGAGAGGUGUUAGAGUUUUUGGACGUCUCAGUGCCCGAGUUAUACCCGAACGCCUGGGGUUGUAUGGUGGCCUUUUUGAUCUUGUGUAAAGUUUUGGCCGUGCCACCAACACUCACAGCUUUUAGAUAUAUAUUCAGAGCCCGCCUAUGUAAUUCCCAAUCAUACGGCUGUGGCUGGAUUACUUUCACCCACCGUCGAGGACUGAAGAUAGUCCAAGACCUCCCCGAUAACCAGAAGGGGUAUAGGACAAAAUUCGCAUACUUAUACAACUCAGAGGGAUGGAAUAUCAAGACCUCUUUUGAUAUAAAGCCCAAUCUCUCGGGUUUUAAUAAUGGGAUCCCGCAAUGUUCCUUUAACGAUGCGGUGAUCAUAGAAUAUGCAAAGAUGGACGUUCAAUUGGGAAGGAAACCAAUGAACGUCCAACUUAAUUGGAUACCUGGUCGUCCUGAGCUGGAGAAUGAGAACCUCCUCUCAGCCUUCGGCAUUAGCUUGGCUAUCGAUCGGAGGAUAGCCAAGCAAAAUCUUCGAGCCAAGAGUCCUGAACUAAUGAAGAAAUUCAGUGUUCUGAGACUUGCUUCAGGGGCCAUCCAGCGGGCCGAGGAUAAGCCUCUUCCCCUUCCUCCAAAGGACUCGGCAACCGUGGAGAAGGGUCUGGAGGACGUGCCUUCGGAGCAAGAGGCUCUCCGACUUCUUGAAGAAAGAAAGCAGGUUCAUAUCCCCGAUGAAUCUGAGAGGGUGGUUCCUCCUCAGACGAGGGGUGCGACAAAAAAGAGUGGGAAGAAGAAGAGGAAGCGGGAUUCUUCUUCCCACAAGGAGAAGUCGGCAAAGAGGCCCUCCGUGGGCGCGGUCCCUACCGCCCGGCCCCUCCAAAUAAGGCCAGUUGAAGAGGAGACCUCGCCCCUUCAAGACUCUCCACGGCCAUCUUCAGAUAAAGGGAAGGAGAAAAUGGGGGAAUCUUCCGCGGCUCCCUCCUCUCAGUAUGCCGAGGUUUACCGUCGUCGGGAGGUUUCCCCUUUUCGACGCGACACACCCUUUCCGGAGCUGGGGCAUGAGGGCUUAGUAGUCCGCUUUAACAGGGCGACGUCCAACUUAAUCAGCAAAGUGGACGUCGACCUUUUAGAAUCUAUGCCCCCCCGUGAUAGGGUGCGUCAAGCACAAGCUUCGGCGGCGGAGGUAAUAACUUUUAAACUCAGUAAUAUGAUUAUUUUUUGCUUCCGGAUUUCUUUAAUAAUCGUUCCUUUGCAGGCGUUCAUACGGUUGGCCUUUGAGCUCGACGCCAACCGUCAAAGUGCCGCGGACCAGGAAACCAUGGCCGCCCUUACCUCCCGCUGCGAAGAGCUGAACGAAGAAUUAACAAAACUGCGGGAGGACCUGCCGAGCCUCAAAGAAAAACUGGCCAAGUGCUCUGAGCUGAAAGAACGCUUGGUCAGAACCGAACAAUGGCGGGAAAGGGCGAGGAAGCAGCUGGAUCAGAUCGUUGAGAACUUGGAUGCUGCUUCCACCAGGUCCGCGAGCAUCAGCCAUGAGGUCGGCUUGCUGAUGGAUACUCAUGCCAAGCUCGUUCAUCAGAACCAGCAACUAAUGCAGCAAGUGUCGGCCGAUUCUUCCCACUUCAAAAUGAUUCUAUCCGCGGCUAAAGUAUACAAAUUGUGCCUAACCAGGAAGGCCCGGAUAGCUCGAGAUUGGCUUCUCUCGGAUGAGCCGGAAGCGUCGAAGUUUCUCGGAGAUCUGACGGCCGAGAUGGUGAAGGCCGGAACCAUGAUUAGUGACGAGAAGUAUCGUCUGGCUGCCGCAGAGUUGGGCAUGGAUUUUACUUCCCUUCAGCAAACUGCUGAACAAAAGGGGAGUGAAGCUUUGUCCAACCUUGCUCCUGUCUUGGACGGGGAGUCGGCGGUACUGGUCGACACGGUCUGGGACGCGGCCGAAAAGAGGGCCUGGUCUGAAAAGAUAAAUGCCGAGGCUGAGAGGGAGGCUUUAAGUCUCGACUUGGAGCAGCUGGCUCUCUCUUCUCCUCCGGCGUCAGAUGUCCCAGAGAACUUGACGCUCUCCAACCUGGAGGUUCUAUGCCUUGAUCUAUCGAAUCUCAUUAUUGACGAAGGCCGGAACCUCCAGAGCUUGUCCCGGGAGUUGUCUGAGAUCGGGGUGGAGCCGUUCAAUGUUGAAGAUUAUGUCAGCUUCACCCCGAGUUUUGAAGAGGGAAGGAUCGAAUCUCCUCCGCCGCCGGGUGAAGAUGUCGAGGCCUUUUUUGACGAUGUAUAAUCUUGUAUUUUAGUAACCUUGUUUUUUGUAAACAUUCAACUAUAUUUUGAAUAUUCGAUGUAUAUAUUCCUGAUUUUUCGUGAUAUCCAUGCUUCUAUUUGUUGAGCCGUGGCUUCUUUCUUCUGAGGCCGCGGAAUACUACUUAAAGGACGUGAUUUUUCGAUGUCACGUAUAGGCGACAUCAAGGAAAUUUGGACUUAGAAUAUUUUCAGCCUUCAGACCCCAGUAGGGGGGUCCGACUUGUCGAUGUCCCGGUCGCGGGUAAUCUUUUUGGGAGACUUGGAUUUUCUUUUGAACUCAGGGACCCCAAACUGGGGGUCCGACUUAUCGACG